AUGAUCGAUAAUACAAAAAUGACCAAUGUGAAGUGCCCGCUGUGCGGAAAGUUGCUGGCCAACAUGAGUCAACACCUGCUGCACAAGCACGGUGUUGCCAACCUCCGGGAGAGGCAGCUCUGGAUGGCCUUUGCCCGGAGGAAGGUCACGAAGCCUUUUCAUCAGUGCCCGUUGUGUGGCCGUGUGUUGAAGCACAUUCGGCCACACCUCGCCAACACCCAUGCGGAACUCUCGGUCAAGGGGCUCGCGCGAGCUACCCGGGAGUUCCAAAUGGAUGUUACCGUGGAAAGGCUUCGUGACCUGGAGGCCAGCAACCCAGAGGUUCCGCUCGUCACUCUAGGAAUACUCUCCGAACAGCACGAUGACGAAGGGAUUCCUUCAGCUCCCUCCACCCCAGCCGCAGUGUCCUCCACGCCUCCACCCUUCAUCGCUCCAUCCUCCACCCCUUCACCCCCUCCGAGCCUGGGAACGAGUGCAGCCGUGGAGGACUUUGAGGUGGAGCUGGAGGAAUUCCUCGAGGGCAUUGACAUUCCGGGCGUGAGUUCAGAGGGUGGCCCACUCUUCGGAGAAACGCACCAAGCCACCACCGCUGGCCUCGCCAUGGAGUCUUUUCUGAGCGAAGAGCGGGUCACCCUCAGUACAGUUCAAGUCGACGCCUCCUUCCUCCGUAUGCUCGGUAGGUCUUGA